AUGGAUGUAAAGAACGCUUUCUUGAAUGAUGAUCUUCACGAAGAAGUUUAUAUGAUUCUUCCUCCUAGUGUUGUCCACCAACCCGGUGAAGUUCAAGCCAUAUUUUUAUUGUCGUUGUACGUUGAUGACAUGAUUAUUACUAGUGAUGAUUGUGUUGGAAUCGAAUAUUUGAAAUUAGAGUUAUCUCGUUGUUUUGCAAUGAAAAACUUGGAGGCACUACGUUACUUUUUAGGUAUUGAGGUUGCAUGUCCCUCAAAAGGUUAUCUCUUAUAUCAGUCAAAGUUUAUAGGUGAGCUAUUUGAGAGUACUCAUUUCAUUAACAAUAGAAUUGUGGAUACUCCUCUUGAGACCAAUGCUCGAUACUCUCCAUCAGAUGGACUUCAUUUGUCAAAUCCCAACUUGUAUCACACUAUUGUUGGGAGUUUGGUUUACCUCACUGUGAUUCAUCUAGAUAUUGUGCAUGUUGUUCAUGUGGUUAGCCAAUUUAUCACUGCUCCUACCACAGUUCAUUGGGUUGUUGUCCUUCAUAUUCUCAGGUACCUUCAAGGCACUCAGUUUCAAAGUCUCUUGUUUCCUUCCAUAUCAUCUUUAGAAUUACGUUGA